GUGACGGUGCGGGAGCGGCGCGCGCCUCCGCGCCUGCGCGGGCUGGGCGCGUGACCCGGAAGCGCUCCGGCGGUGCCUGCGGCUGCGGCGGGGCCCUGCACGCGGACAGCUCCCCCCGGCCGCGCGCCGCUCCCGCCAUGUCCCGCGGCUCCAGCGCCGGCUUCGACCGGCACAUCACCAUCUUCUCCCCCGAGGGCCGCCUCUACCAAGUCGAAUAUGCAUUUAAGGCCAUAAACCAAGGUGGACUUACAUCUGUAGCUGUUCGUGGGAAAGAUUCUGCAGUAAUUGUAACACAGAAGAAAGUACCUGACAAGUUACUGGAUUCCAACACAGUGACUCAUUUAUUCAAGAUUACUGAAAAUAUUGGUUGUGUGAUGACAGGAAUGACAGCUGACAGCAGAUCCCAGGUGCAGAGAGCCCGCUAUGAGGCUGCUAACUGGAAGUACAAGUAUGGAUAUGACAUCCCUGUGGAUAUGCUGUGUAAAAGGAUUGCAGAUAUUUCUCAGGUCUAUACACAGAAUGCUGAAAUGAGGCCCCUUGGUUGCUGUAUGAUUUUGAUUGGUAUUGAUGAAGAACACGGCCCUCAGGUAUACAAGUGUGAUCCAGCAGGUUACUAUUGUGGAUUCAAGGCCACAGCUGCAGGAGUUAAACAGACAGAGUCAACCAGUUUUCUUGAAAAGAAAGUAAAGAAGAAAUUUGACUGGACAUAUGAACAAACAGUAGAGACAGCAAUAACAUGCCUGUCUACUGUACUAUCCAUUGAUUUCAAACCUUCAGAAAUAGAAGUUGGUGUAGUCACAGUGGAAAAUCCUAAGUUCAGGAUCCUUACAGAAGCAGAGAUUGAUGUGCACCUUGUAGCUCUGGCAGAGAGAGACUAAUUAGCGCUCCCAUUUCCAUGGUCUGUGCUUCUGGCCAGGAUGUUUGGUGAAAAGAACACACUUAAUAAUGGUUUUAGAUUAUGGGUGGAAAACAGUGUUCACUAUAUGAUGUAUUUUACUCUGUACAAAUAAAACAGAGGUUUUUGAAAUUC